AUGGAUGAUUUAAAAAUUUUUCCAAUACAAAGUAAUAAAAACGUAAAAAAACUUGGAGGUGGUAAAUGGAUAGAAUUAGAAGAAGUAGAGUAUACAGAUCCUAAUAACGUUAAGAGAACAUGGGAAUUUUGUCCCGUUGACAUACAUGCAAUCAUUGAAAAAUCAGAUUCUUUGCCUGUAAUUCUUUUGGUAAUUCAAUAUCGUCCACCAAUUAAGAAGUAUUGUAUUGAACUUCCUUCAGCAGCACUUCGUGAAUUUAAUGAAGAAACAGGUUAUACCGGAACUAUUCAAAAAAUAUAUGAUCCAAUUUGUUAUGAGCCAGGAUUAACAGAUUCAAGUACAAGAAUUGUAGAUGUCAAGAUUGAUUCUGGGAGUGAUUCGAAGCCUAUACAAACGCUGGAUGAAGAUGAAUGGAGUUUACAAGUUAUAAAGGUUCCUUUAAAUAAUUUAUUAGAAGAUUUACAAAGUAAUUAA